AUGACCACAUUCGCAGCUCAAUCAGACCCCGCCCCCGCCUCGUCUACCUCUCACCUCGACUACAUCCGACAAUGCCUUUCGCUAGCCGAGAAAUCUCCUCCGCGGCCGUCUAAUUUCCGGGUGGGCGCCAUGCUGGUCCUACGUCGCGACGAGGCCGGUCCGACCGAUGACGACACCGUUCUCUCGACGGGGUACACGCUCGAGCUGCCGGGCAACACGCAUGCGGAGCAGUGCUGUCUGUCCAACUACGCCGCCGUCCACGGCGUUCCCGAGGAUCGCGUCGGCGAGGUCCUCCCUUCUUCGUCUUCUUCUUCUUCGGACCCGACUCGCAAGGUGAUCCUGUACGUCACGAUGGAGCCGUGCGGGCAGCGCCUCUCCGGGAACACGCCGUGCGUGCAGCGGAUCAUCCAGACGCGGCAGGGCGGGAAGUACAGGGGCAUCGACAAGGUCUACUUUGGUGUGAAAGAGCCCGGCACCUUUGUCGGAGAGUCGCAGGGGUGUCGGAUGCUGACGGAGGCCGGGGUCGAAUGGGAACACAUUGGUGGGUUGGAGAAGGAGAUCUUGGCCGUCGCGACCGCUGGGCAUGAGAAGAAGGAUGGGGAGAACUCCGGCAAUGUUGGGACGAAUAUUGAUGAUAUCAGUCCUGAGGAGCGACGCAGGCAGGAACAGCUGCCGAGGAAUCCGAAGAAGAGGAUGAUGGAGGGGACUUUCGGAUAG